GAAGUCGCGCGCUUCCGCCCGUGUCCUUCUCACGAACAAGAUCGAUAUGUCUUUUUAGAUACCGAGGGACAAAAUUCCUCGGCCACGAACCUUUUAUUUUGAUGAUGCUAUCCUCGGCUUGACACUUGCUCGAGUUAUGUGGUGCGCGAGUGAAAAGAAAAGACAGUGGGGAACACUUAGCGAUUGACAGGGACUAUCGAGCUCACGUCCUCCUGGCUUCAUGCGAGGGCCUCAAGGACACGAUCGGUGAACGGUCAGCUUCAUGAUCGACGUCCUUAAUUAGGUGAUCGGUGGAUUCGACAAUCGUCGACGAAGGUGACGAGGUUAGCGAUUAGAAGCGAAAUGGGCAAGUCUCUGGGAAGAUGAGGCUACCGUAAGAGGAUCUAGGUGUAUAUACGUGUCGUCGUUGAUCGACGCUAGUGAUCCAAAGUUCCGCGGUAUUCAGAACUUCUCUAGUUAGCAGGUUCUUGACACGUUGGAGAAGAGGGGUACGAUGUAUGGGGGAAAGUUGAAGGGAUGAACUUAACGGAAGUGUGCUACAAUCGGUUCGAUAGUACUCGAUUCAAGUGACAUUCGUUUAAGGAACCUCGGGUUUGUUAGAUGUUUAGAGAACUCUCUUUGUUCCGAUGGAUAGCACGUUGUUCUUCUUCGGAUGAGUUUCACGCGAUGGUAUUAUUCGUGGAUCGUUGAAUCACGUGAUUGCUCUAUAGCGAUCGCAGAACUUGGAAGAACUAGAAGAUGAAGCUAAGAACUUGAGAAGGCGUGACGGAGUGCUAUAGCGAGAACCCGAAGUUCCGUGAAUUUACGUACACACUUCAUCGUGGUCCUCACGAAGGAUACGCAAGAAUGUUGGAAAGAUGACUGGGUAUUGAAGCGAAGGUGUCGGUGACUCUGAAGGUUACUGCCACCGUGAUUUUCACCUGGUGGGAUGGAUUUGAAUGGGACAGAUAACAGCCUCAACGGCACCGAAGGCAAUCGCACUGCGUCAUCAGUUUACGUCAUCAGUAGAGAUUACAUGUCUGAAUGGAAACGGGAGAGACACCGAGAGCGAAUAUGUCGCAUGUACAACCAGAUUUUAACGGAAUGCACCCAGUUUAAUGGGACAUGGCCUGACCCGGAUGAUCCACGCUGGAGUAGCGGAGAAUAUGUAGAACUCACAACAGGCCUGUUUCCGACAAACAACAUCAACUGUUGCUCGAUAACAGGGAAUACGACGGCCUUAUCAACUGAAGAAACUUUCACGCCCGUUCUACCACCCUUCGAACUCUGGCAGUCGAUACUGAUUGCUUUCUCCAUCGGAAUAUGUAUACUGUUAACUGUCGGCGGUAACAUUCUCGUUCUUCUGGCAUUUAUCGUAGAUAGAGCUAUCAGGCAGCCGAGUAACUAUUUCAUCGCUUCAUUAGCAGCCACUGAUAUGCUUAUCGGUACCGUGUCCAUGCCAUUCUUCACAGUGUACGUGCUGAUGGGAUACUGGAACCUCGGACCCCUGCUCUGCGAUCUAUGGUUGUCGGUAGACUACACCGUGUGCCUGGUAUCGCAAUACACCGUCUUAUUGAUCACUAUCGAUCGAUUCUGUUCUGUAAAGAUAGCGGCGAAAUACCGUUGCUGGCGAACUAAGAACCGCGUGAUCUCGAUGGUCACGAUCACAUGGAUUAUUCCUGCUCUGCUCUUCUUCCCCAGCAUAUUCGGUUGGCAAUACUUUAUCGGUUACAGAGACCUAAGUCCUGGCCAGUGCGCCGUGCAAUUCCUCAAGGAUCCCGUCUUCAACACCGCCCUGAUAAUCGGUUACUACUGGACGACGCUCGUGGUUUUGUUUAUCCUUUAUGGUUGCAUAUACAAGACAGCUUACGACAUGCAGAAGAAGAGCGAGGCCAAACAGCGUAAAAUGCAAUCGAUGGUUGCGCUCAGCGCAGGAGCGAUGUCCGGAAUGGCGGCCGGGAUAGGAAUAUCGAAGACCCAGAGCACUCUUUUAAGCCAGGACAAACAGAAAGUGGGUACAUCGGAGGAGGAUGCUGCAGAAGCCGAUUGCUCCGGUCAGAAGACCUCCUCGAAGACGUCAGCAACUGGGCCGACAGAUUCAGCAGAGAAGCAAACGUGUGCCAGCACUUUGCCUCCUGAAACUGAAAAGUCCGAACGUUCCAGCAGCCCAGCGUUCGAUUCUGACGAGGAAAGCACCUUUGUACCGGGCCAACACAUCAGCAGCGUCAAGAAACGAUCGUCCUUGGCUGACAUGGUCGCUCAAUCCGGCGCUUUCCAGGUCUUCGUCACCAACGGUCGCUUGAACGGGGUCGUUCCCGCGAAGGGUGACUUAAAUGCUCCAGCGUCAAGGAAAACUUCGUCAUGCUCGACAUGUGAAAUAGGCACGACGACGCAGAAGGCUCAAACACUGCCGAAGAUACAGGAGCUCAGCCUGCUGGACACAGACAAUCUAGCCGAGCCCGACAAGUCCAGCCAGACAUUGACACCUGAACAGUCGUUGAAAUCGAACGGGAACGACAGCAGCCAACAACCAGUGACCUCUGCUGAGAUUUCUCCACCCACGCAUCCCAACCAUUCCAUCAGCAGCAGUCAACAAAACAUCAUACCACCUCCCACGCAGUUCCAGAGCAGUCCACCCGUGUCCGAGAGUCCCCUAACAUCGUCGUCCACCGACAGACCUAAGUCUCUAGUGGUGGCUUCUCAAGGCCCAGGCACCUUCGACAUUCUGACUGGCUUGGACAGCGCCGACCUGAGAUUCAUGGACGAGAGCUCGGUGAUACUGCCUAGUCCCUCCUGCGAGAGCCCACCGUCUUCCUUCUCGUGUAGCCUAGCCAAUCCUCUCUCAACGACGCCUUCGUCGCCGAUUUUAGGCCAAACUGCUUCGUCCUCGAAUAUCAAUUUACUGCAGGCAGCGUUGAUCAGAGCCACUGCUCAGCAGGCAAGCAGCCAAGGCAUCCAAACCAAACAGGGUCAACUCGUACCUGUGAUGUCCAAUGCCUCGAGUCAAACUCAUCCGCCUCGGGUGUUCAUCACUCAGAAGACUAACGCCGCUUCUCAAACGUCUCCAACGGUUAGCAAGGUCCAUACAGAGGUCACUGUCAAGGCGCAGAACACGAAGCAGCAGCCAGUGACGACGGUAGUCAGUGGACCAGCCGUGGAAGCAGUGAACAUCGCGACGGAGCAAUUCGCCGACCAGGUGACGAAGGUUGUCAAUCCUCCUCAGAAUUCUUCGUCAAGUGGCAGCGUGGUGCCCACGGCCUCAGCGACAACGGCAAACGAACACGACUCCAAGGUGGAGUCCAAGAAGAAGGAUACGAGAGAUAACAAGGAAAGCGGCUCCAGAAAGGACUUCGUCAAAUCGAUCGGGAAGCGUUUGAAGAGCAAAACGCAGAGAAGGAACCCUAUGGUGGGUCGACAGAAAUCACGGACGGAGAACAGAGCGAGGAAGGCGUUCAGAACGAUAUCCUUCAUCUUGGGUGCUUUCGUCGCCUGCUGGACGCCUUAUCACAUCCUGGCGUUGGUGGAAGGGUUCUGUUCGAAGCCACCGUGCACGAACGAGCAUCUUUACAUGUUUUCGUAUUUUUUGUGCUACGCUAACAGUCCCAUGAACCCCUUCUGUUAUGCUUUAGCCAAUCAACAGUUUAAGAAAACCUUCACGAGAAUAUUGAAAGGAGAUUUGCACAUGACGUGAACGAGACGGGACGCGAAUAAUUCGAUGAGACACUUUUGGGGAUUAUUGUUACGAUGAAGAAGGCCUUCCAUAGUUGAUAUCGAAUUGUAAUCGUAACGCCAUGUCUGUAUGGUGGUAAUUGGACAAUAACAGUAGUAAACAGUUUGCGAUACUAACGCAGAGAAGUUGAGUAUUGCGCGCUUUAUGUAUAUAGUAGUAGAAUGCAUUGAUAUAGGGUUUAGGACUGCAUUCUCGGAUGUAUAUAAUGUAUAUGUAUAUGAAUAUUUAUUAACUUCUGUGCGGGGAUGCACGCAACGCAUACAAUCACGUACAUUCUACAACAAUACUAUGAGACACUCCGAUAAAAUAAUUCAAAUUCAUGUUGUAAGAAAGAAUUUCUCUUUUCGUAAUUAUUAUUUUUAAGAAUUUCACACCUAUUAAAGAAGAAUUUUGAUUCAAACUAUGGCCUGGUGGGAACGUCUAAAAAGAGAGACUUCUUUGGAAAUUAAAAAUAGAAAAACUAUAACUCGUACAACAAUAAAUUAACUUGUAGUUGACAAUACAUAUCUUAAAAGGUAAGAAAAAUGUUAAGUUGUGUAAAAAAAAAGGUGGCAGUUCACAUUACUAGCGAAUAAUAAAAAUAAACUCUAUAUAUUAAUUUUCUAUCAAAAUCAUAACGUGUUUCAUAUUUCUAAUUUUUAUGCAACACUGUUCGGAAGACCAUCUUCUGAAAUAAACAAUGACAUUCUGUACGAAGGUAGGAAAAUUCUUUCUCGUAACAAAGAUUUGUAUAAUUUUAUGUAGCGUCUUACAGUAUUGUUAUGGAGUGUAUGAUUAACUUUAGACGACUAUGCAUAGG